CCAACCAAAACUCAACACUCAACACUCAACACUCAUCAUGUCGUCACCUUGCCCUACCGUGAAACGUCCUACUAUCAUCCGUCGCCAGUUCGAGGAGCUUCACCCCAGAGAUCGCAAAGUCAAGACCAACCGCAGAGACCGCAUCCAGGCCAACUGGGGUUGCGACAUCGGCCUGGUCAUCCCUCAGCCCAUCCGCCCUCGUAUCGAGCUGAAGAAGGGAGCCAAGGUUCGCGUCGGAGACCUGGUUGGUGACGAAGAGAUUUGGUGGAACUGGAGCGUUGAGGUUCUUCGCAGCCUUGAGGAGCUGUCAACCAUGUUGGCUGGCAACCUUCCGAUGGCCCAGGAGCUCUUGCUUACCGAGGUCCACAAGCGUCAGAAAGAUGCCACGAAUCCCCAGAGGAAGGUUGCUGAACUCUUGCUCGGCGACGUCCAACGUAUCGCUGAACGUGUGAAGAUUGAACAGGCCAAGGAGGCGGCCAUGACUGGUAGCGGACAGCAGGACCUUGACAUCAAGAACUCCCAGGAGACCCCUCGCGAGCACGGCGCAGGUGCCAAGGAGGAGAAAGAGGAGGCUAAGGCUCAAGUCCAGGCCCAGGUCAGGGCCCAGGCUCAGUACCGCGAGCCCAGCGAGACGGGCUCCUCUUCCAACAUCAUGGCUUCGCCUCAUGUCAAGCAUGCCUACGACCGCAGACACAUCCGUCAAUCCAACAGCAGCAUGAACAACAUGGAGCUUUCCACCCUCUCCACCCCCCGUACUCACCGCUUUGGCCCUCGCCAGAAUCUCAGCACUCAACAAAGCAGUGUCGGCUUGGAAAUUGAUGUCGCCGAGAUACGCGUUCGUGCCAAACAGCUGAGAGCCCAGGCUAUGCGCCUUGAGGCCGAGGCCAUGGAGCUCCAGCAUGAGGCCAACAUGGCCAGACAGGCUCUCAACAGCUUGUGAAGCCGCAGAAUGACACGGGGUCAACGCGCGAUACGUCUGAGCCUUGCCCCAGACAUCGAAUGUGAUGAGGGUGCAUCGUCGAUUGCUCAAGAUACUGACGCAAUGGCGUGAUGAUGAUAAUGAUCGAAGACGCUAUCUGGGCUCGUAGCCUGCAGAUGGAAUGACUGUUACUGUUUCGAGGAUUUGGGCAUAAUCAGGGAAGAUUGAGACAAAAACGGACAGAAUGCAAAGCCAAUAGCAACUUCGGAAUGAGCGAGCCAGAAAAUUAAUUAUCAGCGAU